AGCUGUCAGUCUAGAUUGCUAUGUCUCGGUCAUCUUGGACCGUCCUGAUUUGAACUGUCAUUCCCCCCCUACCUGGUGAUGAGGUUGCAUCUAUAAUAUUUCAUUCUCUGUUUUUUAAAGCUGCAAUGCCACUGCUGCCAGAGUCAGUGGAGGCAGAGCACUUUGACGGACUAUCCCUGCUUUACUGGACAAUCAUGGGUCCUCACGGCAUCAACCGAGCUGUGCAAAGACUGGAAUUCUCUGACUGCCGACAAGGACUAGGGGUGAAAAUUAUUGGAGGUUACAGAGAGCUGAGUGGUGAAGAAUUCGGGAUUUUUAUUAAGCGAGUGUUACCUGGUGGUGUUGCAGCACAGGAUGGACGACUUAAAGCAGGUGACCUCAUAUUAGACGUCAACAACAUGAAUUUAACAGGCGUUACAAAUGAGAGGGCAGUGGAGAUUUUGCGCAUGGCAUCAGCCACAAAUCACAUGUCUCUUCUCAUCGUCCGUGACGAGGAGUCCAGAGGAGAGUUUGCUGGGCUCAUGGAGAAAUAUGGCUCAAACAGCAAUACAAGCUCAGGAACGGGCAGGAUUUCUCCUCCUCUUCUGUCUACAGGUAAACUGACUGACACUGCAUCAUCGUCAUCAUCAUCCAGAUCAACAAGCCCUCAGAUCUUGAGCCCUAAAGACUGUAGCAUGAACUCAAUUACUCCACAGGCUGCUGGUAAGAUCUUAAUUAUAUUGGCCACAGUUGUACAUUUUUUUUUCUUAUCCCCCAGUGACUGCAUGAUUCAGCUGAUAUGUGUUGCAAAGGGAACAGGACUAGGCUUGAUCAUUAAAGGUGGAGCAAACCGUGCAGAAGGGCCAAUUGUGUUUAUUCAGGAGAUCAUUCCUGGAGGAGACUGCCAAAGGGAUGGAAGACUUAAAGCAGGAGAUCAGCUCAUAUCAAUCAAUAAAGAGUCCUUAAUCGGAGUAACACACGAAGAGGCCAAAAGCAUUUUAAGUAGAACAAAGCUCAGACCUGAUCCAACAGUGGAGAUAGCAUUUAUCAGGCGAAGGUCUUCCUCUGGGUCCAGCAGUGGUCCACACAGCCCUAUUUCCCUGCAACCCCUUACAACUACAGGCACCCAGCUCAGACCACUGGCCCUUGGGGGAGUAUCUGUAACUAUGCCAGGAGGUCUAAUACCCAAAAUGAACCUGACCCCUAUCUUCGGAAGUGAGACACUGCCUUCUGUCAAACUUACUCAGGUGCGGGAAGUACCAGUGAAGCCAGAGCUUCCUUUAGUCACUACCCCUGACAAUGCCUGCACCACAGUGGACAACUCUGAUUCCACUACUGCCUGUAAGUUCAGCACCAUGAUCACCGUCACUCAACAGAAGCCUUCUUCACUUCUGUCUAGCUGCAGAGUCAAACUGGAGAAGCUGGAGCAGGCACUGGGGGUCUUGGGCCUAAAGCUGACGGAGUGUCAGCUCCAGACACUGAGAGAAAGACUCCAAGUUGACCAAGGAGGACCCAUGGCCUAUGGAGACUUUGAGAUGCUGAUAAAGGAAUUUUUGAAGUUGACAAACAAAUCAGGAGUAAGACAGCAAACAUCUGGAGUCACUUCUGGUGAUCUGACAGACUCAUCGUCAAAUCCACAGGUAUCAACAUCUGACACUGAUGACCUGGAUGAGAUGAAGAGAAUGAGAAAAGAUCAUAUUGAGGCCUUAAGAGAAAUAAAGAGACUGCAGGAUAGGGUGGCUGAGUCUGAGAGUUUGUGUCAGGAGAUGCAGCAAGAGCUGACUAAAGCCAAGCUGGAGGCAAAAGCGGCUGUGGAUGAGAGAAGAUCUCUGCAGACGCAGGUCCAGCUGGCUGAGGCUGCAAACAAGCAGGCACGGGGCAUGGAGAUGGACUAUGAAGAGGUUAUCCACCUCCUGGAGGAAGAGAUAGCAGAGAUGAAGUCUCAGAGAGCAGAAAAGUCAGACCAACCCAAGGAGGAUCAGGAUUUGAAGAAAAGGAUUGCUCUGCUCGAGUGUCAAUUAAGGAAAAGUGAAGCUACAAAGAAAGGGUUUGAAACUUCCAGUGGCAAACUUCUGCACUUUGUGGAGGUCAUUCAAGAUUUUCUAAGAGAAAAUCAAGCAUCUUUCGGGAGUUAUAGUUCUGAAUGUCAGCAAAAUCUGGCUACAACAUCUCAAACUCUGGCUAAACAAACUGGGAAGAAAGCAUCUGUAACGGCCUCCACGCUUGCUCUGGAGGCUCAGGAGCUCAUUCGCACAGUGCAAGCCAUCAUAGAGGUGGACUGUUUACCUUAUGGCUGGGAUGAAGCAUAUACUGCAAAUGGAGACAAAUACUACAUCAACCAUGUGACUCAGACAACAUCAUGGAUCCACCCCGUGAUGAUCUCCUUGGGUUUGUCUGAUCCAGAAGCAAAUAAGCUGAUGCAGAACUCACCAGAGUCAGAAGGCUAGCACAUUAUUUGAGGAUCUUUUUU